GUGAUCGGAGGAUGACAUAGUUGGGAAGCAAGGAACGAGAGUGAUUCAGCAAGAACUGAAGAAGUAUAUGUAAACAGCAUCUGCAUAGAUAGAAGAGUAGCAGGCUGGUAACAUGUACAAGUGUUUGGAGGUCCAGGUUCCUGCCGAGCCACCAAAGCUGGUAGAGAAACCGAUUCCAGCCCCACCCGCCAAGGGACUGGUUAUUAAAACCGGGGCAGCCGGAAUGUGCCACUCUGAUAUAGCAAUAGGUGAUGACUAUUUAAAGUUAGGUGAUUCCAUAGAGGAUAACUCACUAAGUCAGUUUGACUCUGGCUUUAAAUGCCCAACAGUUAUGGGUCACGAGAUUGCUGGGACAGUAUAUAGCAUUGGAAAGGAACAAUGUGCAGAUAGUGACACUUUCAAAGUCGGCGAUCGUGUGGUGAUCUAUGCAUUUCCAGGAUGUCAAGAUUGUCCGUUCUGCGCGGCAGGUAACCAACUGAUGUGUCCAAAGCUAAAUCCAAAUAGUUUGGGGAUAGGUAAAGACGGAGGAUAUGCAGAAUAUGUGAGCGUCCCAAACAGGAAGUUUGUUUUCAAACUACCAGAUUCUAUUACCAUGGAUAUAGCAUGUUUGAUUUCGUGCAGUGCAUUAACUGCCUACAAUUCCGUCAGUAAGACUAAACCUGCUAUUGAAAAUGCUCUCAAAAUGACAGGUUCUGCAACACUUUUGAUCAUAGGAGCAGGAGGGGUAGGUCAAUGGGCAAUUCAGAUUGCAAAGGUUGUACUUCCCAAGGAGGCUAAAGUUUUGGUAGCUGAUAUAACAGAUGAGAGAUUAGCAGUUGUAAAGGAGAAAGCUGAUAUGACAGUUCAAUGGUCUAACGAUGAAGAUGACAUGUCUUUCAUGGCUAAAGUUACUGAGGUGACUGGAAGGUCAGCAGUUGAGGCCUCUAUAGACUUUGUAGGAACACCCGCUACUAUGAAACGUGCCGUGUGGUUAGCAAACAAGGGUUCCACACUUUGCACAAUUGGAUUAUUUGGGGGAGCUGCAACAUUUCCAAUAGCAUUUAUACCAAUGAAGCAAUUAAAUAUCCAAGGGAAUUAUCUAGGAUCCACCCAGCAAAUACAAGAAGUUAUAAAACUGGUAGCAGAGAACAAAAUAACUCCCCCACCUUUGGAGCAUGUUUCACUAGAUGGUGUAAAUGAUGCUUUGGAUAGACUCAGAAAGGGCCAGAUUAAAGGAAGAGCAGUUAUCACGUUUGAUUAAAGAUGUUCUUCAACGAGGACUUGUCUGCCAACAUACUGCCAGUUAUAAACAAUACUCAAUAAUAGCAUUUAUAUGGAACAGCUCCCGUGGACAGACUCAGAAAGUGCCAGAUUAAAGGAAGAGAAAUUAUCAUGUUCUUCAAUGAAGAUUUUUGACAAACAUGCUCUCAGUUAUAAGCAAUACUCAAUAAUAACAUAUAUACGGAAGAGAUUCUGUGGUUUCUGUGGCAAUACACUUUCACGACUAUAUUAGCUAUAAGUUCCUGUCACUCUCUUCUUUGAAUGUAAUACAUAAUCUUUGUAGGAUGCAAUGGUUCUUGAGUGAUAUCAUUUCAUCCAAUAGAGAGUAUAACAAAUGAGUGCAUAUAUUGAUAUUGAUGAGUGGAUUAAGAUGAUAAUGCGAAAAUGAUUGCAAUGUUCUAUUUAUCCAAUAAUAAUAAAACCAAACCAAGUAUUUCAAACAACAUUUAAUUUUAUUUGUCAUAUCAACUGUAUAAUUUCAUCAUUAUAACGUGACGCCAUGAUAUCACAUACCCAGAAGAAUACUCGUCAUAUUGGUGGGAGUAAGACGGGGAAAACCCCAGGGUUCAGAGAAGAC